GCCCCGGCCACCGCGGCGCCGGAGGCUCGGGUCCCGAGCCGGGGAAGGAGAGCGGCGGCCAGCGCAGCCGCCGGCACGGAGGGCGGAUUUUGGCUUCACGGGCGCGCCCUCCGCUCUCUUUCGCAGCGGCGCAGCUCCGAGCGGGGCCGGCGAUAGGGCGGGAGGACCCAAGACCCUCGCCCCCAGCCCCGGGAGCCGCCGGAGUUGGGACUUCUGCAACUGUUAGCACUUUGGGUGUCUGGUUCUGGUUUUGGCUGUUCACCCUCCUCUUCUUGCCGCCUUGGAGGCAAAGCUCCCGGCCGCCGGCCGCCCUCCGCCCUCGCGCCCACCCAGCGCCGCCGGGAGCGGCCCGGCGCGCACUCAGCACCAUGGGGAGACUUGGGACUUGCCUGGCGACUUUGACCGGACUUUUGCUAACUGCGGCGGGGGACACGUUUUCAGGUGGUUGCCUCUUUGAUGAGCCUUAUAGCACGUGUGGAUACAGUCAGGCUGAAGAUGAUGACUUCAACUGGGAGCAAGUGAACACCUUGACCAAACCAACCUCUGAUCCAUGGAUGCCAUCAGGCUCCUUCAUGUUGGUGAACACGUCUGGGAGAUCUGAGGGACAGAGAGCCCACCUCCUCUUACCUCAGCUCAAAGAAAAUGACACCCACUGCAUUGAUUUUCACUACUUUGUAUCCAGCAAGAGUAAUUCUGCUCCCGGGUUACUCAAUGUCUACGUGAAGGUCAAUAACGGGCCUUUGGGGAACCCUAUUUGGAAUAUAUCUGGAGACCCAAACCGUACAUGGAACAGGGCAGAGCUGGCCAUCAGUACUUUCUGGCCUAACUUUUAUCAGGUGAUUUUUGAAGUCAUAACUUCUGGACAUCAAGGCUACCUCGCCAUUGAUGAAGUGAAGGUGUUAGGACAUCCAUGUACCAGAACGCCUCACUUCCUGCGGAUUCAGAACGUGGAGGUCAAUGCGGGCCAGUUUGCCGCCUUCCAGUGCAGUGCCAUCGGCAGGACUGUGGCCGGCGACAGGCUCUGGUUACAGGGCAUUGAUGUACGGGAUGCUCCUCUAAAGGAAAUAAAGGUGACUAGUUCCCGGCGAUUCAUAGCAUCGUUUAAUGUCAUGAAUACAACCAAACGAGAUGCUGGAAAAUACCGCUGCAUGAUUCGAACCGAUGGAGGAGUUGGCCUAUCCAACUAUGCGGAAUUGGUAGUUAAAGAGCCCCCUGUCCCCAUCGCGCCCCCUCAGCUGGCCUCCGUGGGGGCCACCUACCUGUGGAUCCAGCUCAACGCCAACUCCAUCAAUGGCGAUGGGCCCAUCGUGGCCCGGGAGGUGGAAUACUGCACCGCCAGCGGGAGCUGGAGCGACCGGCAACCAGUGGACUCCACGAGCUACAAGAUCGGGCACCUCGACCCGGACACAGAGUAUGAGAUCAGCGUGCUUCUCACCCGGCCAGGGGAGGGCGGCACCGGUUCUCCUGGGCCCGCUCUCAGAACCAGAACCAAGUGUGCUGAUCCCAUGCGUGGCCCAAGAAAAUUGGAAGUCGUCGAAGUCAAAUCUCGACAAAUCACUCUCCGCUGGGAGCCAUUUGGGUAUAACGUGACUCGUUGCCAUAGUUACAACCUCACAGUCCACUACUGUUACAAGGUCGGAGGGCAGGAACAAGUGAGAGAAGAAGUAAGCUGGGACACGGAUAACUCACACCCUCAACACACCAUCACCAACCUCUCCCCCUACACCAACGUCAGUGUGAAACUCAUCCUUAUGAAUCCCGAGGGACGGAAGGAGAGCCAAGAACUUGUAGUACAGACGGAUGAAGAUCUUCCAGGUGCUGUUCUUACUGAAUCCAUCCAAGGAAGUACCUUUGAAGAGAAGAUAUUUCUUCAAUGGCGAGAACCAAUUCAAACCUAUGGUGUCAUCACUUUAUAUGAGAUCACCUACAAGGCAGUCAGUUCCUUUGACCCAGAAAUAGAUCUAUCCAAUCAAAGUGGAAGAGUUUCAAAACUGGGAAAUGAAACCCACUUUCUGUUUUUCGGACUGUAUCCGGGAACCACAUACUCCUUCACCAUCCGAGCUAGCACGGCUAAGGGUUUUGGACCCCCGGCAACAAAUCAGUUCACCACCAAAAUAUCAGCACCCUCCAUGCCGGCUUAUGAACUUGAGACACCCUUGAAUCAAACCGACAACACGGUGACGGUCCUGCUGAAGCCUGCACACAGCCGAGGCGCACCUGUCAGUGUCUACCAAAUAGUUGUCGAGGAAGAGCGUCCUCGAAGAGCUAAAAAGACAACAGAAAUCUUAAAAUGCUACCCGGUGCCCAUCCACUUCCAGAAUGCUUCUCUACUGAACUCCCAGUACUACUUCGCUGCUGAAUUCCCAGCCAACAGCCUCCAAUCGGCUCAGCCUUUUACUAUUGGUGAUAAUAAGACGUACAAUGGAUACUGGAACACCCCUCUUCUUCCCCAUAAAAGCUACAGAAUUUAUUUCCAAGCUGCUAGCAGAGCCAACGGGGAAACCAAAAUAGACUGUGUCCAAGUGGCCACAAAAGCUGCGAUAAUCGUGACUCAGCUUACGACACCUCACAUUCGCAUCGCCCCUGCUGCAGGCGACGACCAGCUGACAGGAGCUGCCACUCCAAAACCAGUCCCAGAACCCGAGAAACAAACAGACCACACAGUCAAGAUCGCAGGAGUCAUCGCUGGCAUCUUGCUGUUCGUGAUUAUAUUUCUUGGAGUCGUGUUGGUCAUGAAGAAAAGGAAACUGGCCAGGAAGCGGAAGGAGACCAUGAGCAGCACGCGGCAGGAGAUGACGGUGAUGGUGAGCUCCAUGGACAAGAGCUACGCGGAGCAGGGCACCAGCUGCGACGAGGCCUUUUCCUUCAUGGACACACACAACCUCAACGGGAGAUCUGUGUCUUCGCCAUCGUCCUUUACCAUGAAAACGAACACCCUGAGCACAUCGGUGCCUAAUUCCUAUUACCCAGACCCAUUUGUGCCAACUGCAAUUUUAGUGCCUAUAAAUGACGAGACGCACACGAUGGCCAGUGACACCAGCAGCUUGGUGCAGCCCCACACGUACAAGAAGCGCGAGCCGGCCGACGUGCCCUACCAGACGGGGCAGCUGCACCCUGCCAUCCGGGUGGCCGACCUGCUUCAGCACAUCACGCAGAUGAAGUGCGCGGAGGGCUACGGCUUCAAGGAGGAGUACGAGAGCUUCUUUGAAGGGCAGUCUGCACCAUGGGACUCUGCUAAGAAAGAUGAAAACCGAAUGAAGAACAGAUAUGGGAAUAUUAUUGCAUAUGACCAUUCCCGGGUGAGGCUGCAGACCAUAGAAGGAGACAACAACUCAGACUAUAUCAAUGGAAAUUAUAUCGAUGGUUAUCAUCGACCCAAUCAUUAUAUUGCUACACAAGGACCAAUGCAAGAGACCAUCUAUGACUUCUGGAGGAUGGUGUGGCAUGAAAACACAGCAAGCAUCAUCAUGGUGACCAACCUGGUGGAAGUGGGGAGGGUCAAAUGCUGCAAAUACUGGCCAGAUGACACAGAGAUCUACAAAGACAUUAAAGUCACCCUAAUAGAAACAGAGCUACUGGCAGAAUAUGUGAUAAGAACAUUUGCUGUUGAAAAGCGAGGUGUUCAUGAAAUACGCGAGAUCAGACAGUUUCACUUCACGGGCUGGCCGGACCACGGGGUCCCCUACCACGCCACCGGGCUGCUAGGAUUCGUCCGGCAGGUGAAAUCCAAGAGCCCGCCCAACGCAGGCCCGUUGGUGGUGCACUGCAGCGCUGGUGCGGGGAGGACCGGCUGUUUCAUUGUCAUCGACAUCAUGCUGGACAUGGCCGAGAGGGAAGGGGUGGUGGACAUCUACAACUGCGUCCGGGAGCUGCGGUCUCGGAGGGUGAACAUGGUGCAGACCGAGGAGCAGUACGUGUUCAUCCACGAUGCCAUCCUGGAAGCCUGUCUUUGUGGGGACACCUCGGUCCCUGCUUCCCAAGUCAGGUCUCUCUAUUAUGACAUGAACAAGCUGGAUCCACAGACAAAUUCAAGCCAGAUUAAAGAGGAAUUCCGGACCCUGAACAUGGUGACACCGACCCUGCGCGUGGAGGACUGCAGCAUCGCGCUCCUGCCCCGGAACCACGAGAAGAACCGCUGCAUGGACAUCCUGCCCCCCGACCGCUGCCUGCCUUUCCUCAUCACCCUCGAUGGCGAGAGCAGCAACUACAUCAACGCCGCCCUCAUGGACAGCUAUAAACAGCCCUCGGCUUUUAUAGUCACCCAGCAUCCUUUGCCAAACACAGUGAAAGACUUCUGGAGGCUGGUCCUGGAUUAUCACUGCACGUCUGUAGUUAUGCUGAACGAUGUGGAUCCGGCCCAGUUGUGUCCGCAGUACUGGCCAGAGAAUGGAGUCCACAGACACGGCCCCAUCCAGGUGGAAUUUGUUUCUGCUGACCUGGAAGAAGACAUCAUCAGCAGGAUAUUCCGAAUUUACAACGCAGCCCGACCCCAGGACGGGUACCGGAUGGUGCAGCAGUUCCAGUUCCUGGGCUGGCCCAUGUACAGGGACACGCCCGUGUCCAAGCGCUCCUUCUUGAAGCUCAUCCGCCAGGUGGACAAGUGGCAGGAGGAAUACAACGGUGGGGAAGGCCGCACGGUUGUGCACUGCCUGAACGGGGGAGGCCGCAGCGGGACCUUCUGCGCCAUCAGCAUCGUCUGUGAGAUGCUCCGGCACCAGAGGACGGUGGACGUCUUCCAUGCCGUGAAGACGCUGAGGAACAACAAGCCCAACAUGGUGGACCUGCUGGAUCAGUACAAGUUCUGCUAUGAGGUAGCCCUAGAAUACUUGAAUGCUGGCUGACGGCGUACACAGCCCUGCACACAAACCUUUCAUCCUGCAAAGCCAGGACGUGCCAUGGUGUUUGUGCCGAUGAGAUGAAGACUUCUCGAUAUGCUUAUUUUGCUUUGCCUAAUGGGCUCUU